CCCGCCCUCUCGGCGGACUGGGGUGCUCCGCGGCCCGGGGAUAGGUCUCUGCCGGGAGCCGGACGGGCAGCGGGCCCGCACACCCACCCUCCGACCCGCGGACAGGCUGCCGACCGCGCAGGGGGCAGCCGCCCGGGGCUCCGGCGCCUCCCGCACCUCCCUGGGGCCGAGUCCGCGGGGCCACCGAGGAGCCGAGCGGGGACAGUGCAGUGACCUGUCGCUGUCGUCACUCGGGACACCCGAGUGCGCUUUGUUGGUUUGCUUUAAAAUAAGAGCUUGAGUUUCCCCCGACAGGUGCCUUUGGUCGAAUUCAACGGAAAUUCCCCUCCGCGUCCCUGCGCGGCGGCCUGCGCAGACAGACCCGGCCCCCGACCUUGACCGCGGUCGGUGUCCCGGCGCGUCCCGGGCCGCCCCAGCCUCGGGAGCAUUUGCUGCUCGGCAGGCGCCCGGGGAGCGCAGGGCACGCCCCCUCCCCAACAAGAAGAAGACAACCCCCAGGGAUUCCGGCCCCGAACAUGAUCAGAUCUGCGCCUAGCCAGGCAGGAAGACUGUAACCUUGGGAAUUCAGCUACCUACCCAGGCAAAAUGAAGAUUUUCUUUGUAGAACCUGCCAUUUGCCUUAGUGCAUUUGCAAUGACCUUGACUGCUCCACUCACCACACAGUAUGUGUAUAGGAGAAUAUGGGAAGAAACGAGCAACUACAGUUUUGUAUCUGAUAGCAAUAUUUCUGAGUGUGGAAAAAAUAAAAGCAGCCCGAUUUUUGCAUUCCAGGAGGAGGUUCAGAAGAAAGUGUCUCUCUUUAAUCUGCAGAUGGACAUAAGUGGGUUAAUUCCUGGCCUGGUGUCCACGUUCCUACUUCUGUCUCACAGUGAUCACCAGGGACGGAAGUUCCCGCUGAUUUUGUCUUCCGUUGGUGCUCUUGCAACCAGCGUUUGGCUCUGUGUGCUCUCCUACUUCACUUUUCCAUUCCAGCUUUUGAUUGCGUCUGCCUUUAUUGGUGCGCUGUGUGGCAAUUAUACCACAUUUUUAGGGGCCUGUUUUGCCUACAUAGUUGACCAAUGUGUAGAACAGAAACAAAGAACAAUUCGAAUCGCUAUAAUUGACUUCAUACUUGGACUUGUCACUGGAUUAACAGGACUGUCUUCUGGCUAUUUUAUCAGAGAACUAGGUUUUGUGUGGUCCUUUUUCAUUAUUACUGUGGCUCUUGCUGUUAACUUGAUUUACGUUUUAUUUUUUCUUGGUGAUUCGCUGAAAGAGUCGUCAUCUCCGAACGUUUCCACAUCGUGUAGUGAAAGCUUUAAAAACCUAUUUUACCGAACUUACAUGCUUUUUAAAAAUGCUUCCAGUAGGCGGCGGUAUUUUCUGUGUUUGUUACUUUUUACAAUGAUCACUUAUUUUUUCGUGAUAAUUGGCGUUUCCCCCAUUUUUAUCCUUUAUGAAUUGGAUUCACCACUGUGCUGGAAUGAAGUCUUUAUAGGUUAUGGAUCAGCACUGGGUAGCAUCACCUUUUUCAGUAGUUUCCUAGGAAUAUGGCUUUUUUCUUACUGUAUGGAAGACAUCCACAUGGCCUUCAUUGGAAUCUUUACCACCAUGGCAGGGAUGGCCAUGACCGCUUUUGCCCGAACAACGUUAAUGAUGUUUUUAGUCAGGCUGCCAUUCCUUUUCACGAUUGUGCCGCUCUCUGUUCUACGGUCCAUGAUAUCAAAAGUGGUUCGUUCAACUGAACAAGCUGUGAAACUCACUAAAGCCACCAUGGGGCCACCUCUUGCCUUGUCACUACCUGCGCACUCCUUGUGAUUACCUGGAACACCAUAAAAACAGACUUGACUUUCGAAAUCUCCUGGAUUAAGAAAAGGUAGAGAAACUAAACCAUUGGCUGAUUAUCUAACCCCCUUUAUCUCCGGUACUAUGAAACAAGCUGAACUGCCCGGGAAGGUGAAGCAACAAGCGAGCCCUACUUUGUAACAGUAUGGCUGUUUGUGCCAGACAGAGGUGCCACCUGACCAACUUCUGGGCAAGAAUCGAGUUCCGCCAUUGCAUAAUAGGAUCGGAACUAUCCGGUCUGUCCUCCAUGGCACUGUGCCUGGCUGUAGCAAGGGAUCAGAAAUAUAAGACGAUAAUAGUGUAGACAGGUAGGAGAACAUCUUCCUAACUAAACUGACUUCAUGUUUUAUCAUAAAUCAUGGAGGCCACAGGUCUGUGUACUACUUGCUGAUUGAUAACUGGGAUCCUGGACGAAGCUUAUAUUCAUUCAUUUGACAAACACGGAUCAAACAUCUACCAUGUGCCAAGGACAGAUAGGCCCUGGGACACAGCAGUAGACAGAGCAGAUGUGCACUUGGCACAAACAGAGCUUUCGUUUUAGUCAAAAGAAGACACAUACGUGAAAACACAAUAUUUCUCAGAGAUAUGUUUGUUUUAUGAACUUGUGACUUGUUGUUCAGCGAAGAAUUAGAAGCAACAUAUGGGUAAAAAGUUUAAGUAGAUAAAAAUCCAUACACCACACAGUCUACAAGACCAAGACCUUAAAACGUAGACAGUGUAAGUCAUAAUCUAGUUAUGAAAGGUGACCCUCAUGCUUGCCUUUUCCUUCUUAUCAGUCUAGUCAAAUAUAAUUAUUUACAUGAUUUGCAUUGUUUGUAGGGAAAAUGCAUCACAAUUUAUCAUGGGAAAGUAAACAUGGCAGAGCAGGGAACAAGCGCAAUGGCUUACUGGUAGAGUCUGCCAAAACCACAUAGGAGCCUCUACUGGGGACAUCAGGAAGAGUGGAAAACCAGGCCAGAGUUUUUUAUCUGGUGAUGCAAAAUUUGACAAAGAGGAAGACAUGUACGUACAUCAAGAUGACCCGCCUGUCUUUUAGAGGUCUAACUGCUCAGUCAAUGUGGUCUUGGAUUGCAGGCAGAACUAAAAGUCGGUAGAACUUGUGACCCCUUUUCUCAGAUUAUGUAUGUGGACUGACCCCACAGCCACUUCACGCUGCUUGAACAACCCUGGUGUGCGGCAAGUGCGCUGGGCAGCGGCGGCAUCCCCACUCACUUAGUCUUGUGAGCCACCUCAAGGUGGAGGCUGUUUCAAGCAGGGAAAAGAAUCACAUAACAUCAAACCAUGGCAUAACUAGAGCAGAGAGAGUUACUUGAGGAGUCACAGAAAAGAACCUUGUGGCUCCUGAAUCUGUUGGCACUUUGGAGGGAGGGAUCUAAUGCACGCUGCCGAAAGUACAUGCCAUCAUCUGUCUGCAGCUGUCACCUUUGCCAGAUCCGAGAAGCAGACGAAAACGAUUGCUUUAACUCAAAAAGUCCCUGGUGUGGGACCUCUACUGGUGGGGGCCACCUGCACAUAGGAGGCGUGCCACAGAUGUCCCCAGCUGGGGACUGAGAGUGGGAAAUAUGCAUGAACAUCAGGGCUACGUCGUUGUGGCUAUACCUGUGGCAGCUCAGGGACAGGAGACUGGAUUUCAAAUGCGUCAGCUGCUGCUGCCUUUUACCAUUGCCCUACUGACAUCGGAAAUAUUGUGUUGUCACCUUCCCUAAUGUCAAGUCCAAGAAGAAAGCUCGUGACCCCAGUUUCUUCUUCACCUGCAAAAAUGGGAUAGUGACUUUUCGGGGAUUUUGAGGAAAUAGCUUUCAUUCAGCCAGCAGUGCCCCGUGUCUGCCAUUUUCAAUGAGUAGUUUUUCUCUCUUUGUUCUGUUUAUUGUUUUGUUACUCAGCCAUUUCUUGUUUUCCUUCCACACC